CUACGACCUCUCCCGCCGCUUCCGGCAGCAGUGAAAGCAUGGCGGCGGAGGGGAGCUUCGGCCAGAUGGGCCUGGACGCGCGGCUCCUGCAGGCGGUGGCAGAGCUGGGCUGGGCCGCGCCCACCCCCAUCCAGGCGAAGGCGGUGCCGCUGGCGCUGGAGGGGAAGGACCUGCUGGCCAAGGCCCGCACCGGCUCCGGGAAGACGGGCGCCUAUGCCCUGCCGCUGCUGCAGCGCCUGCUGGACGCCAAGGCGGCAGCGCUGGUGACGGAGCAGGCAGUGCGCGGCCUGGUGCUGGUGCCCACCAAAGAGCUGGCCCGGCAGGUGCUGCAGAUGCUUCGGAGGCUGGCCGCCUACUGCGCUCGGGACAUCCGCACCCUCGACUUGGCCGGUCCAGAGGACCUGGGCGCCCAGAGGCCCCUCUUGAUGGAGAAACCAGAUGUGGUGAUAGGAACGCCAUCACGGGUUUUGGCACAUGUACAAAUGCAAAACUUGAGACUGCAGAAUUCGUUAGAAAUUUUGGUGAUAGAUGAAGCUGACUUGCUUUUUUCAUUUGGCUUUGAGGAAGAUUUGAAAAAUCUCCUCUGCCAUUUGCCCAAGAUCUACCAGACCUUCAUCAUGUCAGCUACCUUCAACGAGGAUGUCCAGACACUGAAGGAGCUGGUACUGCACAACCCGGUGACUCUCAGGCUGCAAGAAGCACCCUUGCCAGAUAGCUCCCAACUGAGCCAGUUCCAGAUCCAGUGCGAGACUGAAGAGGAGAAAUUCUUGCUCCUCUAUGCCCUCCUGAAGCUUUCCCUGGUGCGGGGGAAAGUUCUCCUCUUUGUCAACAGGAUUGACCGCUGCUACCGCCUCAAACUCUUCCUGGAGCAGUUUGGGAUCGCUGCCUGCGUCCUCAACUCAGAGCUGCCUGCUCAGUCCCGAUGCCACAUCAUCAGCCAGUUCAAUCGGAGCGUCUACAAUUACAUCAUUGCCACAGAUGAGCAGCACCUGGCAGAACCAGAGGAGAGUGGCAGGAAAAGGAAGAAGGGCACAAAAGGAGAAAAGGGCAAAGAUCAGGAAUAUGGUGUCUCCCGAGGCAUCGACUUCCACAACGUGUCUGCGGUCUUCAACUUUGAUUUCCCCCCCUCCUUUGAAUCCUACAUCCACCGAGCAGGCAGGACAGCCCGUGUUCACAACCCAGGCACUGUUCUGACCUUCGUCUUGCCCUCUGAGCGGCUUCUGCUUGCCAAGAUUGAAGAGGUGCUUACAGCCGAGAGCACAAGCAAGUGCACCUUGACGCCCUACCAGUUCCGGAUGAGGGAGAUCGAGGGACUCCGCUACCGAUGUCAGGAUGCCAUGCGGUCAGUAACCAAGCAGGCUAUCAAAGAAGCCCGACUCCGUGAAAUCAAAGAAGAAUUGCUCAACUCGGAGAAGCUGAAGUCCCUCAGGGUCUCCGGCCAGCAGUCCCAGCCCUGGCUGGGAAACGCAAGCGGCGGAAAUGCCCGGCCUCCACUAGCAAGGGCCAGAGGAACCCCUUGCACAGCUUCAGGAGCACCAAGAAGAAAUUUCGGACCUUGGCCAAGGCCAAAUAAGCCACCGGCUCCUGCCAGCGGUGGAAUGAGUGAAAGAGACAGAAACUGGCUUCCAUUCCUCCGAUGUCAGAAGUGCCAUGAAGCUGCUCUGACCCACUUUCAGUUUUUUUUUUUUUUAAGAGUCGCUUAGCUCCUCUGCCAAGUGCCCCUGGCUAAAUAAAUUGCAAAGGCCGAGAAAAAACCCCGUUUCCUGAGAGGCCCCUGCUCCUUUCUGACUUCUGCUCUGUUACGUGCUCUGGUGCGGAUGGCAUGUCAAGGAGCAGACGACUGGGGAUGGCCAUCCCGUAAACAACUCAGCCUGACGAUCAUUCAGCCUUGAAUUGCUCAAGGAAGCACACCGGGAACCAGGGCAGGUCAUGGAACAAAGGCGUACCCGGCUUCACAUAAACAGAAUCUACAUGCAUGGGAUGGCCUGUAUGACAGUGUGAAACUGCUGGUCGGCCUGUUGCCAGGAAAAGCUCUCGUUCUUCCCAGCAAGCUGAAGCAGCCGACCCCAGGGCACCUUGACAACCAGUGGGCUGGGAUGGCAGCUGGCGGACUCUUGCCCGGGCUGGUGGCUUUUAUCAGGCGCCAAGGCCAGGACAUGAUUGUAAACCUUGAAGUUGCAGGAUAAGGAGCUCAGGGUGUCGCCUUGCGUGGCCUCGCCUGAUGUGACGUUGUACAGCAAGGAUCAGGAGGGCAAGCAGGGCCCCAGAAAUGCCACACACACCCCUUUGAGGGUCUCGAUAGUCUCCAUCAUUUGUACAACCCCCAAAUUUCACCUAGCAAGCAGGGUGUGUGUGUGUUUCCUAAUUCUAUUAAAGGGCCAGAGCUAUUUUGGUGCGAUGCUUCAGAGAGGAGGCAGGAAAAGGCUGGGGGCAGAUGGUAUGCCAGGAAGGCAGACGGCAAGGCCAUUCAGUAGGGCUUGGCAUCCUUGGAUGGAAGGGAAGGAAAGGACCCCCUUCAUCAGCAGAUCACUUUGGAUUUUGUGCUUGUGAUGGAAAAAAAAAAUUCUUUUGAGUUUUGCCGAUUAAAUAAAUUUGAUAUCGAAAUGGUUAA